AUGCUGUCCAAAAUCUCUAUCAUUGCUACCCUAGCAACAUUCGGCAGCCUCGUUGCCGCCGACAACAUCUACACCUACAUCAACCCGGGCUGUCAAGGCUGCGCCUUCUUCUUCAAAGACAUCGACCACAAUGUGUGCGCCGUGUCCAUCACCGGCAACGCCUCUUCCAUUGCCGACGCCAUCGCCAAGGGCUACACCACCGUGCAGUCCGGCAAGUUCGUCACCCAGGAAUGCGGCCAGAAACACUUCCUCGGCUGGGACGACGGCCCAGGCAAGAACGCGGACGGCCCGCUUCAGUGCGGCACUGUUGUCGGCAACGAGAAGGUCUGGGGGACCGAGACGUGCAUUGGAAUGCCGCCGUAUGGUGUCGAUGGGUUCCAUGGAUUCAGCUGGACGGAGCCGAGCAGCAAUAAGUCUGAGAAGAGGGAUCAGUGGACUUGCACUGGCUCUGUGGAGCCGGAUGGUGUGGUUCUGAACGGAAAGAACUACAACUUGCAUGGUAUUAGCCAGAGCGACGCGGAUCGGCUCAAGGAGUUGGCCAUGGCGGGUGGCGGCGAGGUCCCUGCGGACCUGCAGCAGCACGAGGUUGCGCAAUUCUAG